AUAAUCAUUUGAGUAAAUGUUGAAGCUCCUCUGUUCCAUACACACACACACACCCAUCUUCACCUUCUACACUUCCAGUUCCGCUUCCACCAAAUGUUGAAGCUUUUAAGAGCACUUUCUUUCUCAUCAUCUCCAUCUUCUUCUUCUUCUUCUUCUUCUUCUUCUUCUUUUUCGUCCUCAUCCUCUUCUUCGUUAUCCAAUUUCACGAGCACCAUACUCAAAUGUCAAACCCCUACCCAAGCACUAGAGCUCUUCAAUAUUGCGUCAAAGCAAAUGGGCCCAGGAAAGAAUCUUCAGCUUUAUGCAGCGAUUACCCAUGUUUUAGUCAGUGCCCAACGGUAUGCUAAAUCCAGGUGGUUGAUAAAAGACCUCAUCCACGACCUUCAAAAGUUCUGCAACCCCAGCCGUGCUUGUCACUUGGUUUUCGAUGCACUUAACUGCUUAGAAAGCUCAAGGUUUUCUCCAGAUGUGUUUGGAGUGUUAAUUAUUGGGUUAUCUGAGAUGGGCCUUGUUGAAGAAGCCUUGUGGGUGUACCGCAAGAUUGGGGUGUUGCCUGCAAUGCAGGCUUGUCAUGCGCUCUUGGAUGGGUUGGUGAAGACGGGUCAGCUCAAAUUGAUGUGGGAACUUUAUAAUGAAAUGAGUUCUCGUGGAUUGUCACCUAGUCUUGUUACAUAUGGCGUGUUAAUUGGUGUAUGUCGUAGAGAAGGCGAUAACUUGAAGGCCCGUAAAUUGUUUGAUGAAAUGCGUGAUAGAGGGAUUAAACCAACGGUUGUGAUCUAUACAUCUAUUAUUCGGGGUCUGUGCAAUGAGGGUAGAAUGGUGGAAGCGGAAAGUAUAUUUAGGAUGAUGGGGGAAGCUGGUGUGCUCCCAAAUCUGUGGGCUUACAGUACUCUGAUGAAUGGGUAUUGCAAAUUGGCUAAUAUUAAGCAAGCCCUUAUCUUGUAUGGGAAGAUGCUAGGUGAUGGCUUGCAGCCAAAUGCUGUGAUAUGUAGUAUUUUAAUUGAUGCACUUUGCAAAUUAGGCCAACUGAGAGCUGCAAGGAGCGUUUUUGUAUAUAUGGUUAAGUUUGGCGUUGUUCCUAAUAUAUCUGUGUAUAAUGCUUUGAUUGAUGGGCACUGUAAGGUUCAACAAUUAUCUCAAGCUAUGGAUUUGAAAUCAGAGAUGGAAAAGUUUGGAAUUUUGCCAGAUGACGUGACUUACAGCAUCCUAAUUAAAGGUCUGUGUACUGUUGGUGGAGUGGGAGAAGCACAUCACUUACUUCAAAAGAUGGAGAAAAAGGGAUUAAUUGCGGUUUCUGUGAUUUAUAAUUCACUAAUUGAUGGGUAUUGUAAGGAACACAAUAUAGGGAAGGCUUUGGAGGUGUGCUCUCAAAUGAUUCAAAUUGGUAUGGAACCCGACGUCAUCACCUUCAAUCCUUUGAUUGAUGCAUAUUGCAAGAUGGGGAACAUGGAAGCUGCUAUGGACUUGUACUCACUGGUGAGUAAAAGCCUUGUGCCUGAUAUAGUAACUUACACAACUUUGAUCGAUGGGCAUUUUAAAGUUGGUAAUGUGAAAGAGGCUCAUCGGCUGCAUCAGGAGAUGCUGGAGGCAGGCCUCACCCCCAAUGCUUUUACUGUUAGUUGCUUGAUUGAUGGCCUGUGUAAAAAUGGAAGGACUUCUGAUGCAAUCCAACUUUUUCUGGAGAAAACUAAAGCUGGCCCCUCUAUAUAUUCCCCAAAUCACAUAACUUAUACAGCUUUAAUUCAUGCUUUGUGUGAAGAAGGCCAAAUUUUCAAGGCAACCAAGUUCUUUUCGGAUAUGAGAUGCUAUGGUUUGAGACCAGAUGCAUUAACUUACGUUGUCAUGUUAAAUGGGCACUUCAAAGCCAAGCAUAUGAUUGGCGUGAUGAUGCUGCAAGCAGAUAUGAUAAAGAUGGGUAUGAUGCCCAGUGCACGCGUAUGUGCAAUCUUAGCUAGGGGUUAUCGAGAAAGUGGGGACCUAAAAUCAGCUCAGGUAUUGUGAGGAGGAUCAAAUGGAAUUAGGUUGGUUCUUGGUCGUAAGAGGCUACAGUUUGGAAUAGAAUUAAGAUCUCUAUAUUGGUUUGGAGAUUAACAAUAUCCUUGACAGAAAGGACCUCUAGAGUUAUUGAGAAUAUAUGAAAUAGUUCAUGCUGUGUUAUUGGCUCAAGUAACAGACAAGUUGGAUUAACAUUACAUCUUCUCUACUGAGAGGUGAAAGACUAACCUAUUUGUUGAAUAGUGCAAUGCUUACUAUUGUGAACGGGUUUUAAUGCCUGCAAAUACACUCGGAUGCUCAUGGUCAUUGUCAAAGCAUUCCUGAUUCGAGUUAGGCCAAUCUUGUUGGACAGUUUCUAUUGCUUACAUAAACUAGCUCUGUUGGUUUGGUUCAUAUUUGUAUUUCAAUUUGUUAAAGUUGUCACAGAGCAGAAGUUAGUGUAGCAGCAAACUUGGAUAAUGUGAAGUUCAUAAGAUCGUGUUUUUUUUUAUUUGGUCGAAUGAGGUGAUAUUAUUAAGGUUCGAAAUCCUCAAGAUAUUAGAACUUAGAAGAAUGGCAUGUUGCUUCUCGCAUGGAAUUCUCACAGCAACUUUCUCAGUGUGUGAUUAGUCCAGGGCAAGCCUAUUUGAAUUUCCACGCCAGAAAGCCCUGUCUUAAAUGUUUUGGUAACUUUGAAACGGAUAAUGAGAUUCCUGAAAA